CAGAAACCAUUGCGCCAAUCUUGGCCGUGAAGGCUGGCUUCGUAUGUACUGAAGAGCAACAUGUUUAUGAGUUUUUGUGAUAUUUUAUUUAUAUGUCAAGUAUUAAAUAUACGUGGGCCUCUACCUAUAUUGAACUGUUUACCAUCUUGAUUAAGUGUACAUUUUAGACCGGUUAGAAAUUCCGGAAGAAGUCAUGCCGAAAGGAAAGCGAAAGGGAAAGUCAGCAUCUGUUCAGAAGUCUCGUGCAGACACAAUUGGGAUAACAUCUGAUGAAGAUUCCAUCAAUGACAAUGCAAGUGUCAUCAGUAUUGUAUCAGAAACAAAGAGCAUCAUUGAAGAAGGAGGUGAUGAGGUGGAUGAACAGACACAGGAAGAGGUGUUCGAAGAGAAACUACGAGAGGCAAUUGAUGGAAUCAAUCAGAAAUCAGCACAGGGCCGAACAUCUUCGCUAGAAUCUGUUGCCAAAGCUUUUAUAAAAAAAUGCAUACCAGAUUUUGUGUCUGACAGACGCCUGACUCUGACAGAUGGAAUUGAGCGGAGUUUGAAAAAAGGUCGAGGAUCAGAACAGGCAGCAGCAGCGCAGUUAGCUCCUUUGCUUUGUGUCCAGCUUGGGGCCGGAGAUGAAGCAGAGGAAGUAUACAAAUCAUUGGCACCUGUACUGUCUGUAGUGGCGCAUGAUACAGCAGCCUCUCCUCAAGCAAGAGCAAAGUGCUGCUGGGCACUUGGCUUAUGCAUUUUCCUAUCUGGGGGAGAGAUGGCUGAUGUUAUUCAAUUGAUGGAGUCACUAGAAACAAUCUUCUCUGGAUCAUAUCUGAAAGGAAAUGGAACUGUGCCAGUAGUAUCUGCAGAUUUGGCAUCACUGCAUGCUGCUGCCCUUUCAGCGUGGAACCUUCUCCUGACACUUAUGGCUCCUGAUGACAUAUAUGUGCUAAUGUCAGAGGACACUGACGUGUUUGCCCCUCAAAUAUGUCAGCUCUCUGAACUACUGGAUUCAUCUCAUUUGGAUGUGCGAAUGGCAGCUGGAGAGACCAUAGCUCUGGCAUACGAACUUGGCCGUGAACAUAACGAUGAUUUCCAAAGAGCAAAUACACCACAGCUGGCAGAUAAGUUGCGGCAGCUUGCUACUGACUCUCACAAGUACCGAGCCAAGAAAGACAGAAAACAGCAGCGCUCAAGCUUUCGUGACAUUCUACACUAUGUAGAAGAUGACGAUCCACCAGACAUCCAGGUGAGAUUUGGCCAAGAAAUUUUGGCACUUGAUUCAUGGUGUCGCAAGAAACAGUAUGAUGCAUUCUGUCAGGUUCUGGGAUCAGGGAUGAACUUGCAUCUAACUGAAAAUGACCUAGUACGGGAAAUUUUUGAGCUGGGUGAGAGGUUGUCUCCACCGUACUAUGCGGCAAAUAAACAGACAAAGCAUGAACGGCACAUGAUGAAUUCAGCAGCUUUCAAAGCCAGGACAUUGUCUCGGAGCAAACAUCGCGACAAGCGCUCAGCUGUCAUGGCUUGCUAAGACUUUCUCCUUCCCAUGGCAUGCUUAAUUUAUCUCCUAUUUGAAAUGUAACGAUCAUAAUAUUUGGAACUUAGACUGGUAAAUUAUCAAAUUGUAAUUAUGGGCAGCAACUUUAUAUGUAUCAGUAAGGUACUGUUCUGUUAGACAGUUUAUAAAUUUUGAAAAAUUAUAGUUAACUUUCCAUGAUAGUAAUUUAGGUAGGGGAAUCAGUAACUUGCAGUUGAGAUUUGGUGUAGAAAACUGUUAAUGUGCCAUGUAUACAAAAUCUGAACAUGUAGUUUUGAAUUGUAAACUCUCAUCAGCUUUAUUGAGUUAGAAAUGUUCUCAUUUGCUGACUUCCUUAGGUUUUUAAUAUACAUGUUAUGGUUUAAAUUUUAAUAAUAGUGGUAUUAUUGUAAAAGUAACAUUUUUCUGAGACAUUCUAAUUUGAAAACAAGUUGACCAAUUUGCAACAGGUUUUUAAUUUACAAUGUCUUGUUGGGUUUAUUAUGAUUAUUCUGUUAUAGAUUAUUUGCUAAUUUAUAAUAUUUUUACUUUAAGAGGGUAAAUUUAUAACAUCCUACAAGUUUAAGAACAGUAUUAAUUACUGUUACCCAAACCAGGCACUCUGUUUAAUAA